ACAAGAAGAUCGAUGAACCAGACAGAGAAUCACAAGUUCCACGGAAACACCUGGAGCUACAAAGUUCCUCACAGAGAAGAACUUGUGUGUUUUGCAUGCUUGUCUGAAAUUUUGGAGGAUGACGAGAUUAUUAUGGUUAAGAAAAGACCUGCCCUUGCAGAAGCACUUCACUUAAUCCACCAUCAUGAUUUUAUCUCUGACUUACAAGGCAACAUUGAAGUACCAAUCCACUUUUCCUUUGUAUUGAUAGAUAUAAUGGAAAGUGCAGAAUCAUCAUUUGCAUCCAGUGCUGUAGAAGUUUUUUUGAAGUUGAUGAGCAAAAUGGAUUCUCGAGAUUUAUUGGAGAAUGUCUUAGAUCACAUCCAGAGGAAGAUGUUCCAAACAGAAAAUCCCAAAGAGUUACAUCCCUUGAUAGUACUCCUAGGAAGGCUGGUGAAGGCAUUUGCUCCUUUGUCUAGGAUACUCUGUCAGGAGUAUGAGCAAGUGCUGCAGUGCUUGGUGAAUGGUCUUAGUAACCCUGAUGAGGAAUUCCAGAGUAACACAGUCUAUCUGUUUGUCUAUGUUCUGGUGGGUCCAUGGGAGGCUGUCAUGCCUGUCAGUGUCCAGCAUGCACUGGCCCAAGAAGUGGUCUGUCUUCUUCAUACAGCCAAGGCCCCAUACCUCCUUAGGAAUCUCAUGGCCUUACUGAAGAAAUUGAUCAGCAGUGCAGAACUGACACAGAUCCUGAUGACCCUUGACCUGAACAAUUUAAACCUUUUGACCUCUCUGAAGAAGCUAAUCAUUAGCAAGAACUCUGACCUUCAGAGGUCAGCUCUCUAUGUUCUAUCAUGCAUAUUGUCACAGGAAAAUGAAGAUUAUUGCCGAACAGUUCUUAACUGUGACAUUAUUGAGUUUAUGUUUGAAGCUUUACAUUGUCAAAGUCCUGAUCAGUUGAAAUUUGUCCUAGAUUCUCUGGAGUCGUUGUGUCAUUCAGAUCUGUUCUACACCAAAUGCCAUGCUGUCUAUGGGUUAGAAUCUAUAUUUUAUGCCUUGGAAAGUCUGCUAGAGAAGAAGAAUUUUGAGCUCUGUAAAACUGGUUUUGAUAUCUUGGCAGCUCUACUGACGAGGCAACCAAGCAGUGUACCUUUAUUCAUCAACACCCCCACCUUGACCUCUUGUUUGGAAUUGAUCAGUUUGGGAAUUCAAGAGCAGCACCCUGAGGUCUUUGUCAGCAGUAUGCAGUCCCUUUGUGCAGUCAUUAAGAAAAACCAUCUUCUGUUGCCAGUCCCGUUUGAGGUCUUGAAGAGAAUAAUUGAAUUGAUGAUCAACAAACUCUUAAAAGUGGACAUGUCUUUGGGUUCCAUUGUCUUCAGAGACAAAAAUGGAGUAUUGCAGAGUUCUGAGGAAAAGAAAUGGAAGGAUCCAAUAGAAAUUGUCAUUCUUAUUCAUGGAGCAUGUUUCCAAUUGCUGGAGGAGUGCUGGGAUGACCCUUUGACCUGUGCUACAAACUAUGUGUCUACUGAUUCCCAAUCCAAGGAAACUUCUCUGCAGCAGUUUAAGAAAUUUAUUAUCAAUUCUGUCAUUGACAAUGUUGUACCUUUAGCAAUGAAAAGUAUGAUCAAGGGAGGUAACCCAUUACUAUGUCGACAGCUCCAGAAGUUGUUGCUAGAACUGUACAGUGCUGACCAUGGUCAAUGUACCCAGCUCUUGAUACAGAUGAUAUCAGAAGGAUUUCUGUCUACCGUCAUCAACAGGAGACAAGAAUCUUCAGAGAUGCUGGAUUCAGAGAACAAGUUCAUGUUACAACUUUGUCAUGUUCUUCAUGAGGAGGACACUCCAGAGUUACCUUUUCCUGAUUGGGUUGACACUGGCAUUUUGAAUUUAAAAAAUAAUCUGAAUGAAUAUCAGAUAACACUGCAGCAUAUGAGUGAUGCAACAAGAAAUCUCUACCUUUUCCUCAUUUACCAUAUGUGCAAAUUAGAUGAUAUACCUUUAAGUGGACAAGAAAUUCUAACUAUUACCAAUGGUUAUGUAGAGAGUAUUUAUAGUCAGAUGCAGUUAUCCCCCCUGGAGAAGAAGCAGCUAGUCUUUUUGUGGGCUUUUUCAGUGUCCCUUCUCCAAAACAACAUUGAGAAACAUAAUCUAGCUGGUGACCUUGUGUUAAGAACUGUUUGUGAAGAGUCUCCCAGUUUAUGGUUCACUCACCACUCUGCAUUUCUGUACUGGGUUUUCCUGGACUUGGAAAUCUGCAACAAAGCUGGGCCUCAAAUUAUUGAUUGCUGGCUGAAUGGCAUUGUUAAUGCCCAAGAAGAUGAUUCUGAUGAUUUUAUAGAAAACUUGGAAGACGUCCACCACUUGUAUGAAAUGUUUGCUAAUGCAGAGUUUACUGAGGCAUUUAUGAUGACAUUGGUUUCUUUCUCAAGGGAAACUGCAUCCUUGUCUUGUUCAAUAUUGAAGAAUUUUCUCGCAAAGAUUUUGGAGACAGACAUGUCAGAAAACUUCAUAUUGUGUGUAAGAGGCAAAGGUAGACAACUCCUGCAGGAGGUGUUUCUCAGAGAGGACAAAAGUCUGAAGGAUGACCACUUGAAGAACAUUUUGUCUAUUCUGAUGAUAACUUUCAAUACUUUUCCUGUAACUAUUGAUGGUCAGGAUCUGAAGCUUUUAUAUCAUGUGUCUAAAUGGCUGUGUGAGUCUUCAGAAGAGAAGUGUUCAGAGUUGACAGAGAUGAUUUUGAGACUAGUUAUCCAGUACAUUGAGGCAUCAGAUUCCCUUCAUAGUAGUGUCUUGCCCAUGAUAAUGCAAAAUAUAAUGCUGUUAAAGACAUUGGAGGGAUUGAUAGUAUCAGAGAAUGAAAGUUUGUCUGGGUUGACUCACUGUAUCCUCUCCUACAUUAUGGAAUUUUCUGCUCAAAAUUUACAGACAUCAUCACAAUCAGUUGUGAAGAUAAAAGUUCCACUGUAUCCCCUGGAAAAAAGGCUGAAGACCAGCUCUACCACCAUGCAACAGUGCUUCCUCCAGUUUCUGGCCACUUCUUUCCAGCAUAAGUUUAUUAAUAACAUCAUCGAAUUUUCAAAUGAAGGAAGAUACCCCCCAGAUUGCAGGUGUCCUCUGAUAUCAUCUGAUAUCACAUGUCUAUUUUGUUACCUUCAGCAGUUUAUGGUACAGGAAUGUUUGAAGACUAGACAGAUUGCCCUUCACUGUCUACAGGCAUUAGUGACUUAUCUUUCCAGUGUUGAUCUUCUGUUGUAUGAGGAACUGCUCACUCAUCCAUGGAACACUGCCAUGUUGGAGGUCAUGGUCCAGAUGACAGAUGAUGACACAGUAGCAAUAGCGACAACCUUUGACAUGUUACAUUUUAUUUUGUGUGAAAAACUUGGAAACAGGAUAGUGAUGGAAUCAUUUGAGGUGAUAGAGAUUGUUGCUCAGUUCCUGAGAGAGCAGAAAGCAAAUUCACUUGUAGAACCUCUGAAGAAUCAAUGUUUAGAUCUCAUUGAAAAGUUUCUAAAAGUGGUUCCUGUCCAGUACAAGCAACAGAUCAUUGUCACCUUGGAGUCCAAGACUGAACCAGAGAGAUGAGGAAUCAUUUAACUAUUAUGUAUGUUGGUACUGCAUUACAAAAUAAAUCAACAACUGCAAACUUUUGAACUAUUUUAUUAUUUUGGGCUUUUAUAUUAGAUUUAUUCUUCCC